AUGAUAUCAAGUAGUUUCUACGAAUAUAUCGAUAGAGAGAGCAUUGAUUCAGAUCUUAUAUGCUUACUUUGCCAUAAUCCUUUUAUUGAUCCAAUUGUGACUCAAUGUGGUGAUACUUAUUGUCGUCUAUGUAUUGAAAAAGAUAUGAGAACUGGUUCUCAUUGCCCGCCGAAGUCGUGUAAUCAAUUAGUGAGUACUGACCAUUUGACACUAAACCCUCCGUCGCGUCUUGUCGUCUCAAUGCUUGAUAAACUUAAAGUUCGAUGCCAGCUUUGUGAGAAAACAAAUAUAAAUAGAGGAACCUUUGAUGAACAUAUAACGACAAACUGUCCUGGACGUCGAAUAGAUUGUGCAGCGAAGAAUAUUGGAUGUCUAUGGUUUGGAUCGAGGAACGAACAUGAUGAACACACGAAAACGUGCUUAUUCGAAAAAUUAAGACCAAUGGCCGAUAUCUUGUAUAAGGUGAUUGAAAACCAAAGUUUGGAUAUAAAAGAGCAAAAAGCUCAACUUGAACAACAAAAGGCUCAGUUACAACAGCAACAGAUUCAAAUCGGCGACAUUCAAUCAAAAAAUCAAACCCAAAAGAAUGAAACAGCACCUAUUCACAAGCAAAUUACAAUCCUUCGAGAAGAAAUCAACAAAUUGAAAAGCACAACACUUUGGCUCAUUAACAUUUCUGCUAAUGCUAAAUGGGCACAGGACGGAGUGAUUAUUGCUGGAGACACCGGGGGUGUGGGUGCCACUAAUCGGCUUAGAUACCCUCAAGGUCUCUUCGUUGAUGAUAAUCAAACAGUGGUUAUUGCUGACUGCUGGAAUCAUCGUAUCACGCAAUGGAAGAACGGUAAUACAACGAAUGGACAAGUUGUUGCUGGUGGUAACGGCGGAGGAAAUGGAUUGAAUCAAUUGCAGUAUCCAACUGAUGUAUUAAUUGACAAAGAGACGGAUAGUCUCAUUAUUUGUGAUUAUGGGAAUGGACGAGUUGUACGAUGGUCUCGUCAUAGUAGUACAACAAAAGGUGAAAUACUCAUCGACAAAAUCGCCUGUUGGGGAUUAGCAAUGGAUGAACAGAGAUAUCUCUACGUUUCUGACUACGGAAAAGAUGAAGUGAGACGAUAUCAAUUGGGUGAGAAGAGUGGCACUCUCGUAGCUGGUGGAAAUGGUAAAGGUAAUAGGCUCAAUCAGCUCAGCUCGCCGACAUAUCUCUUUGUCGAUCGAGAUCAUUCAGUGUAUGUAUCAGACUACGAAAAUCAUCGUGUAAUGAAAUGGAAUAAAGGUGCAAAAGAAGGUAUUGUGGUUGCUGGAGGACAAGGCCGAGGGAAUGCUCUGACACAAUUGCAUCAUCCUCAUGGGCUCUUCGUUGAUACGUUGGGUACACUCUAUGUAGCAGACACGUUGAAUCAUCGUGUACUGCGCUGGACUCAAGGAGGCAAGAAACAAGGCACUGUAAUUGUGGGUGGAAAUAGUCAAGGAGCAGAAGCAAAUCAGUUCAGCAACCCCAUUGGUUUGUCUUUCGAUCGACAUGGUAAUCUCUAUGUCGCCGAUUGCGAUAACCAUCGUGUUAAACGAUUUUUUACCGGAAAAGACUUGUGA